UGCAGGGUCAGCCCUAUUCAGUGAUUGUGCGUGAAGUGGGGUCGGUCCCACGCUGUGCUGCGGGGUCGGGGUCACGGUGCGGGGUGAGCCCCGCUCCCAAGGCACGCAGUGCUGGGGUACCCCGGAAAGCUCGAGAGAACGGAGCGAGGUGGGCUCACGCGGCUUUGGGAUGGUUGGUUUUGUGCUGUUGUUGCUGAGCUGCUGCAGAAGGGAGGGCUUCCCCCAUACGUGUGUCCAUGUGCGAGCUGGGGCUCAGGGCACAGCUGUGACAUUUGCAGUUUCCAUCCUCGAAACGGAGACGCAGAGAGGGAAAACGGGGCCGUGGAAGCGGCCGGGACACGGAGGAGCCGCGCGCCCCAUCCCCGCUCCACGUGUCCUAUCGGGACAGCAGCGCCUGUGGGGCAGCCCCAGCGGGACCCUUCAGCGGGGCAGGGCGCUGCCGUGGCACCCCGCGGACCCUUCUUGUCCCUGCGGGCUCCGCAUCGCGUCCCCAGGGCCGGAGAGGGACCGCGGGAGGCGGAGGCGAAGGCAGCGGUGCGGGAGCAUCAUCGUCAUGGUUACCUCCGCACGGCUCCGCUCUGCCACGGGCUCCCGGACCUGCGUCCGUCUGCGUGUGUCCGUGCCUCGGUCACCCCGCUCCCUCCUCCCCUGUUCUCUCCCUCCUCGUCUCCGUCUCCCCGUGCCUUCCAGAGGCAGAGCGGCGUGAAGCGCUGCCUGCGUGAUUCCUUUCCCGAGCCGCAGGAGAAGGGGAGAAGUUGCUCGCCCCACCUUCCUCCUCCUCACAGGCAAGGUAAGGAGCAGCGGCACGCCGGCUGCGUGUGCGGGCUUUGCCAGGCUGAACGGCAUCGCUGCGGCUCCCCGAGGUGCUGCGUGAGCCCCGACACCGCAUCGGUGCAACAGGCGGCCGGCCGGCUGUGCGCGCACAUCCCUGCAAAGCGCGGCCGGCUGCGAGGCUGUAAGCGGGCUGCGAGCCGCUGGAUGUCAGUGUUGAUUGAUGCAAACGAAGCCGGAGGAAUAUUUUGAACCCUUUGCACAACAGCCGUCCUCCAAGUAGGGGGGGGAGGGGGUUUAUCCCGGCGCUUUGUGAGGGGCCCUGCGGUGUCACCGCUGUGCGCUGCGGCUGAGCUUGGCCGGACGGGUGGUGACUUCCAUCCGAGCCCACGCGGAUGGGAUUACGGUGCUGCUGAUGCGGCUCUGAUCCGUCCCGCUGGGGCCAGGCCAGCGGCUGUGAGGCUGCAGCAACCCGCGGCGGUGAUAGCUGGGAGCUGUGGCCCCGCCAACGGGGCUUUGAGCCCAAGCAUGGGGCUUGCAGCUUGUGCCAACCUCCUCGGCAUGGGGACACUGCUGCUGUCCCCCCGGUGGGACUUGAAUUCACCUUCUCAGAAAUGAAUUCUCCACUCCUCGCUUCCCCUGCUCAUUUCUCCCUUACUUCCCUAAGGCAAAGCGCUCCCCCUCCUUCCUCCCCCAUCUGGUGCUUAAUUACUUCCUAAUAUCCCGAUGCCCUCUGCCACCUCUCUGCGGUGCGGCCAGCCCUGCGGUGCAGCCAGCCCUCUGUUAUCUCGCCCCGAGCACCUAUGCGUCAGCUGGCUGGAAAUGAUGCUGCGUCUCCCGCAGCGCUGUGCCUGUGCUGGAAGGGGAGGAAACACGCCGGGGAUGGGAGCACGGAGCAGAACCUCCAGGGGAAGGGUUGCGGCGCUUGGCAGAAGCUUUACAACUGAGCUUUGCUGAGCCAGAGAUGAGUCAUGGUGUGGAGAGGGGGGGGGCAGAGCCUUCCCUGGGGACGGUGGCACUGCAGGGUGGAGGGAAGGCUGAAGUUGGCCCAUUCUGCCCCAGCUUGAGUGGGUGAGAUGUGCAGGCGGGGAUGUGGUGAUCAGAACUCACCUCUCCUUCUGCCCUCAGGGCUGUGAAGGCACAAGGAGGACACGUGGUGCUCCAGGCUCCUCUCGUGGGUUCUUCCUUCCCAAGCACUGCGUGGUGGUGAAGAUGCCAGGGCUGAUCAACCAGAGCUCCCGUUGCCCACUGCUGCUCACUGCCUCCGAGGUGACAUCCUGUGUCAGUGGAUAUGCCCUGGGCAUGACAGCAUCACUCACCUACUGCAACCUGCAGGCACAGCCCUGCAAAGGGCUCUUCAUCUUCCCCCUGGAUGAAGGCACCACUGUUGUGGGAUUUGAGGCAGUGAUCUGCCAGCGUGCUGUGACCGUGCAGAUAAAGGACAAAGCCAAGAUUGACGACGUGUAUUUGGACAGCAUCAGCCUCCCUGAUGGAGGAGCUCCCAGCGGGGGUGGAAGGAUUGUGAUGGAUGAGGACUUGGAGAGGAUUGCUUUUGUGGCCAACCUGGGCACGAUUCCUCCCCUGGAAAGCGUCUCCAUCUUCAUCAGCACCUCCUCUGAGCUGCAGACUCUGCCCAGCGGGGCCGUGCGGGUCCUCCUGCCAGCUGUGUGUGUCCCCAGGGUCCCUCAGCCCAACCUGGAAAACACCAGCAGCCUUUCCAGCCACCAGCUGAGCAUGGACAAGCAAUGCUGCGCAUCAGGGAGCCCAGAGCUUGGGAGCAGUUUCUGUCUGGCCCAGCUGCUGCAGAGCGAGGCCACCAACCCCUCUGAGUACGAGUUCAGCUUCCACCUGGAGAUCAGGGGGCCAUGCUUGCUGGCAGGUGUUGAGAGCCCCACACAUGAGAUCCGAGCAGAUGCCGACCCCUCCGCUUGCUCAGCAAAGAGCAUCGUCAUCACGUUGGCCAACAGGCACACAUUUGACCGACCUGUGGAGAUCCUCAUCCACCCAAGUGAGCCCCACAAGCCUCACAUCCUGAUGGAAGAAGGUGAUAUGACGCCUGCAGAGUACGAACAGCACUUGAAGGGGAAGAAUGAUUUCAUUAAAGGCACAAAGAAGGACCCCAGUGCUGAGAAAAAGACGGAAAUCAUCCGGAAGCGCCUCCACAAGGACAUCCCCCACCACCCUGUCCUCAUGCUGAACUUCUGCCCCGAGCUCAGCACGACCCCAGCAGACCUGCAGAAAGCUGCUGGAGAAUUUAUCUUCCUGGUGGACUGCAGUGGGAGCAGCACGAGCAUCCGCCGUGCCAAGGAUGCUCUGUUGGUGGCCCUCAAGAGCUUGAUGCCAGCAUGCCUCUUCAACAUCAUCACUUUCAGCUCCACUUUCAAGAUCCUAUUCCCAGCCAGCAGGACGUACUGCGAGGAAAGCCUGGCCGUGGCCUGUGAGAGCAUCAGGAGGAUGCAUGCAGACACUGGGAGCCCCAACAUCUUGUCUCCUCUCAAGUGGAUUGUCCGGCAGCCCAUCCGCAGGGGCCACCCCCGCCUGCUCUUCCUGCUGUCUCACAGGGCUGUGGGCAGCACAGGGAUGGUGCUGGAGCUGCUGCGGAAUCACGCCUGUUCCACCAGGUGCUACAGCUUCGGCAUUGGACCCCACGCCUGCAGGAGGUUGGUGCAGGGAGCAGCUGCUGUGUCCAGGGGCGUCGCUGAGUUCCUGGUGGGGGGCGAGAGGCUGCAGCCCAAGGUGAUCAGGUCGCUGAAGAAGGCGAUGGCCCCAGUGCUGAGUGAUGUGUCAGUGGAGUGGGUCUUCCCUGAAAGCACCGAGGUGUUGGUUUCCCCACUCAACACCAGCUGCCUCUUCCCUGGGGACCGCCUGGUGGGCUACAGCAUCAUCUGUGACACCUCGCUGUACAUCUCCAAACCCAGAGCUGACAAGAGGCGACGGUACAGCACCAUGCGCUCCCAGGAGUCGGGCAGCUCCGUUUUCUUUCAUUCCCAAGAAGAAGGGACUGGUGCUGAGAGCUGGAACUACCCAGAGGGAUGCAGCACCCCAGAUCAGCUGGCGGCAGGCAGGGACCCCAGCGGAGAAUCAGACACGGAUGCUGGUCAGGCCCCUGUCUUCCUAACCAGCUUUCAUCUCUGCUCUGCCAAUUUUCCCCCGGGGUUUGAGUGUAGGCUCUUGUUUUCUUCUGCGCUUUUGCUGCUUUGCUUUGAACCGAGCAGGGCUGAAUAUGUCCUUAUCCUCCUCGAGAGGACUGAUGCUGACCCUUUCUCCCCCCACUCAGAUGUGAAGGCAUCCUGCAGGAGACGUGCAUACAGUGCCAACCAAAUCUCUGACCGUCAGCCCCUCUACAAGGAGCCCACAGCCAGCGACCCGGGCAGUGCGCUAUUGAGGAACCCCCUCCGUAAAACCCAGCUGCAGGACCUGCAGCAGCUCAGCCCUGAGCUACAGCCUGUGCAUUUCCAGCCCUUCACUGCCACCCCACGCAUCUCCACCACCUGGAUCUGUGGUGCGGGCGCCCGCCGGCCCUCCCUGCUGCAGCAGAGCCACGUGUCCUCCUGCCACUGCCCCACAUCCCCACCAGCACCUGACGUGGCCGUGGGAUGGGGUUCAGGGCUUCUGGAUGCCAGCCUGCAGUCCUCAUCCGACAGCCGGAGCCCUGGGGAGCCAGAGGCUGCCCAACAUCCGUCCUUCACAUUUGAAACAGAGACCUCUUCAGACUGGGAGCUCCAGGAUUGGGAUUCUGGUGCCACCCGGGGGUCCCCGCGCUCCCCCCGCGCCUCCUGCAAGGCGGUGGUGAAGGGGCUGCGGGGCGGUGAGCCCAUGCAAUGGGAAAUCACCUUCGACCUCCCUGCGCUCCUCCGAGAGCAGAACGGGCAGGAGGAGGGCAAGGAGGACGUGUGGAGUGAGACCUUCCACCAGCUGGCAGCCAGGGCUGUCAUCAGGGACCUGGAGCUGCUCGCCGAGAGGGAGUGCGACAUCGAGCACGGGCCAGGGAGGCGAUACCAACUCAACGCCAUCCACACCAGCAAGGCCUGCAAUGUCAUCAGUAAAUACACAGCCUUCGUGCCGGUGGAGCUGAGCAGUGGCACCUACCUGCCCCCCAUCAUUGAGUACAGCCACACAGGGGCUCUGUCCAAGCAAGGUGACCAUAGGAGCCUCAGCUCGGGGCGCAGGAGGUGUCGUGGCCUUUCCUCUGCACAACCCCUCUCACCAUGUGGCCAGAAUGGAGAUGAUGGAUUUUAUGGCAUGGAUAUGGAUGAGCCCAGGCUGUCACCCUGCAGCACCCCACUGUCCUCCAGCUGGAAGCGCUGCCGCAUCCCUGAAGUGCCAUUCCAGAGCCUGUCUGCUCCUUCCACACGCUCCCCAAAAUCCAUCGAGAGCAUCUUUGCUGCAAGGCUUACCCUCCAGAAGACCAGGCUGCUGACUCGGGCUGCCAAAGGUUUCAUGAGCAAAUCUCCAGGCAGAGCGAGCGAAGCCAGCUCUGAGAGUGAUGGCGAAAGCACCGAUUACCUUCCACUGGUGUCCCUGCAGCUAGCCUGCGGUGCCUUCCUCAUGAACAGUGCCUUCUGCAAGGCAGUCAGCAUCCCCAUGGAGAAGCUCUGCUGGACUUCACCCUUCUCUUGCCACCGCUUGGCGCUCAGCCCCUCCAGCUCCUCCAGCACCAAGAGGCCAGAGCAGCGUGGAAGCCCCGUGCACAGCCGGCAGCUCCUGAUCCCCAGCAGCAGCUCUGCAUGGGACACAGGAGGUGCCAUGGAAAGCAUCUCCAAAGCUCUGAAAGCUGAGAGCGAGCUCUCCCCUCCUGCCAUCACCAUCCGCCACUCCCCAGCCGAGCGGUGGGAUGCCAGCAUCUCCGAGGCAGAAAGCACUGAUGUCCAAAUGCUGCUGCUGGAUAUCGAGCUGCAGAAGCAGACAGAGCCCGAGGGGAUGCUGUGGGCCACGGCUGUAGCACUGGCCUGGUUGGAGCACAGCUCAGCAUCCCACUUCACUGAGUGGGAGCUGGUGGCUGCCAAGGCCAGCUUAUGGCUGGGUGAGCAGGACUUCUCACAGGGCUGCAGCCUGGCUGCUGUGAAAUCUGCAGCCCAGCAGCUUUUUGUCUUGCUCAGGCACUGGGAUGAGAACCUGGAGUUCAACCUGCUGUGCUACAACCCAGGCAGUGUGUGAGAUGGAGCAGCAGGAUAGGGACCCAUCCCUGAGGAUGCCACCACAGGGACUGUGUGAGCUGACCAGGCAGCCUCCAGCUGGUCAGCAAACAGAAGCAGCCUGGGCAAAAUGCUGUGCUCAGGGGUUGGUGCUUUGCCCCAGGACGGUCCCUGCACUAAGAUGUUAGCUGUGUGCUUCUGGUUCCCAGUCAGCUCUUGCUCCUUCAUUGCUGCCAGGACGCUGUGUCCCCUCCAGAAAUCCAUGUAUCCCCACAUCCUCAGCUUCUCCUAUCCCAGCUAUCUUGUAGCAGAAGUGAGCAUCCCUCAGCAUUUUGUAAGGGAAACCUGCUGUGAUGGACCAAGGAGCUGGGAGGAUGCUGCCUUGCCUUGAGCCCCAUGAGCUGCAUCAGUUGCAGAUGGGGACCAUAAAUCUGGAUGGUGCUGAGCUCUGUAGCCCCAGGCUGCCUUUCCAGGAGCCCAUGCAGAGCUCCUGCAGAUGGCAGCGUGCCUCAGGGGCUCUGUGCAGAGUGGGUGGGCAGGGAGAGCAGCCCCCCAGGCACCAAAUAGAGACGUCCUGUGCCAAAACAGCUUGGGGGGUUGUACUCCCUGCCAAAAUGCUGCAUCCUUUGUGUGCAGUGCUCUGAUGUUGUGCUGUCGACCAACAUAUUGUCCAUGUCACUCCUUGUAGAGCUGUGGGGAGCAGAGGACAGGCUGCGAGGGGGCAUUUUCCCAGCCUGAAGCAUCCUACUUCACCCCAAAGAUCCAACCUGGAAAACUCCAGGGAUGUGGGCACGUCACGUUGCCUUUUCCUCCUGCAGUGUGCUUCAGGUUUCUGUGCUGUGUGUGUGUGUGUGUGCAGUCAGGGGUCCGUGAGCAUCAGUGUCACCAUUUGGGGUCUGUGUGAUGGGAUCAUUGGCACUGCCGUGUUGUCUGGGUAAAUCGGAGCCUGCCUUGUUUUUGGGGUCACCCCAACUGUCUGCAGCGUGGUGUGGGUCGUGCAAAAUGGGAGAACAACAACAACAAAAAAGUCAAAAAACCCACCUUUUAAUUUCCUCAUUUGGGCUCAAAGGGGAAGGAGAUGCACCUGGAGCUUCCGUGGUGCGUGGAGAACUGAUGGCUGCGGGGUUUGGUGAGCAGUUACAUGAGUGCCUUCUUGCAGGUGUUUCCCCACCACCAUCCCAUUCCUUUCCCCACUCCCCUCCCUGCCCCACGGCUGCUCCCUUGGCUGAGCCACACGGAUGGCAAACAUUUAUUCACAUCCUCUCACCCUACCACAUGCCAGCCAAGCACCAGGCCGUGCCUGCCCACUGUUUUCUGGGCUCAUUAGCCACCUCCAGCUGCCUAAUUGGGCUGCUGAUGAGGGCCGUGGGGUCUGCCUGGCGUAGGGACAGGUCCCCAUGGUUCUCUCCGGGUUUGGCUGAGGGCUGGAUGCAGUGUGGCUGCUGGGAUGCUGUUGCUGGAGCGACUGUGAGUGCCUCAUUAGGAGAAAUGAGUUUGAAUACAGUCAUCAGCUGGAGCUUAAUAAAUGAGCCCCUCCGUGCCGCGCAAAAUAAAUAUUUGCGUGGGGAGAGAGUGGCUUCCCCAAUUCCGGGGGUCAGGUGGGCUGGAUGUUGGGAUUUUGGGGAGAGAACCAACCCGAGUGGGGCAUCCCUGGUGCUGAGCUGCAGUCAUAGCCAGGGCCAGACCUCAAACCUUGUGUUCUCCAUAGCUGGGGUGCAUCAGCGGAGCAUGGGCGGGUUAUGAAACCCACCAACACCAUCCACCAUCGAGGGAUGCUUCUCAGGAGGGACGUAGCCACUCGGUGCCGUGGGCUCAGCUCUCCCAAAAUAGAGCCCAGGGCAGCUCUGGGUGUCGGAGGCAUCCGAGCACAGUCAUGUGGAUGUUAUGCAAGAGUUGAUGAUAGGUUGUAAACAGCUAUUAGCGUGAUUGACGGAGCCGGGACCGAGUGUUGGGGGGGAGGAAGGGAGAGAUGAGUAAUAAUGAUUAAAAAUAAUUAGCAAAUCGAGACGUUCCCUAAAUGAGGGAGAAACGCUGCGAGGAUGGAGGAAGGGGACGGGAAGGAAUU